CCGGUCAGAGGUCACUGUGGGGCAGCUCCAAUGGCGCUGAUGGGGAAAGUGGCAGCAGUGACAGCAGCGACUGACGGCAUCGGUCUGGCAGUGGCAGCUGCGCUGGGCGGGGCCGGAGCUCACGUGGUCCUGAGCUCGAGACGGGCGGAUCACGUGGACGCGGCCGUGGGGCGGCUCCGGGCGCUGGGGCUGGAGCACGUGACCGGCUGCGUGUGUCACGUGGGGCGGGCACGGGACCGGCAGGCGCUGGUGCAGAAGGCUCUGGACACUUAUGGGGGCAUCGAUAUCCUGGUGUCAAAUGCGGCCACGAACCCUGUCAUGGGAAACACCCUCGAUGCCGAGGAGGAGGCUUGGGAAAAGAUCUUCCAGGUGAACGUGACCGCGGCCGCCAUGUUGAUCCGCCUCGUGGUGCCCCACAUGGAGAAGAGGGGGGGCGGCUCCAUUGUGUUGGUGUCAUCCCUGGCUGGGUACAUGCCCUUCCCGGCUCUGGGCCCCUACAGUGUGAGCAAGGCAGCUCUGUUGGCCCUGGUGAAGGUUCUGGGUCCGGAGCUCCUGCCCCACAGGAUCCGGAUCAAUGGGGUGGCCCCAGGACUGAUCCAGACCCGGUUCAGCAGAGCCCUCUGGGAGGAUGAGUCCGUUCGCACCCGUGUGAUGUCAUCUAUGGGCAUCGACAGGAUGGGCACCCCCGAUGACGUCGCCGGGGUCGUGACCUUUCUGUGCUCUCCGGCUGCCGCUUACGUCACCGGCGAGACCCUGGUGGUGGCAGGGGGGGCUCCCUCCCGGCUCUAGUCACGUGAUGGGGGUCACGUGUGCGCGGCAACAUGGCGGCUUCCAUUGGGGGCCGCCAUAUUGGAUGGGGCUAUAGCCUUAUAAUAGAGAAACAUCGAUAUGCAAAUGAGAUACAAAAUGUGACACAGAUAAGAUGCAAAUGAGAUGCAAACGAGAGUCAAACGAUACAAAUGCGAUGUAAAUGAGAUGCAAAUAAGAUUCAAAUGAGAUGUGAACAAGUCAAAUAAUAUAUAAGUGCGAUGCAAAUGAGACGCAAAUAAGAUUUAAAUGAGAUGUAAACGAGAGUCAAAUGAGAUACAAAUGUGAUAUAAAUGAGAUGCAAAAAAGAUUCAAAUGAGAUG